AUGGGAUACACCUGGUGCGGCGUGCUGAUGCUCCUAACAGCUGUAACGGCAGAAGUGGCAACAUCCGGGUACAAACUGACCGUCGUUUGUCAAAAGGAAAGGCAACUAGUGGAAGCAUUGGACCGCUACGUCACUAUAACCUUGAGUAACCAAUCACAUGUUGACGAAACUGUACAAAGGUUUCUAAGAGAUGUCAAGGAGGAGAGAUCUAGAAUUGACGUCAUCGCAGAAUGGAUUGGUCAUCCCAUAAAUGCAUUUCACCUGGUUGAGCGAACAGUUAACGGAUGGAGGGAGGUCCAACAGAACAUCAACUGUAUUACCUGUGUAUCUACCACAGCAACACAGGAAUUCCACACGGCCUGGAAAGGUAUUAUAGAAGAAGAUGGUAUAUGGUCCAGCAGUGAUGACGUCAUUACUGCUGCAAAGGGUCUGGGAAGGCUUUAUGCAACGUAUGACUUGGAUAUAAAAAAAAUGAUAUCUGGAACGAUAUUAAACACAAGCACAUCACCAUUGACAACGCCAGAUGUAAUCAAGAUAGCAAACUAUUUGGAGAUAAAGGAUCAGAUUAAAUGGUAUGAAGCAUUCCUCGAGCUGCUAGGUGACGUCACCAAGAAUGAGUCUAUAUUAUACAAGCUGGCUAUUGCUUAUCACUUGGGAGGUAUGUCGAGUAAAGCGUUGGGUAUUCUUACAGAAUUACAGGCAACAAGUACCCGGUCGAUGGAUACAAUGAUUAAGAACAUCAGGAAGAAGGCCGAAAUGAUUGAAGAGGAUAUACCGCAAAAGAAGAUAGAAACAGUUGAUGACAUACACAACUCUUAUCAGCAGCUUUGUCAGGGAAACAUACAGGCGGUAAAUGUUACACCCGUCCUCCAUUGUUACAACAAGGUGACACGAAUUCCCUUCUAUACGGUUAAAGAAGAGGUACUGAGCGAUGUUCCCAGGAUUUCCAGGUUCCACGACGUCAUUUCAGACGCAGAUAUUUCACAACUGCAGGAUAUUACCAAGCCAAACCUUACUCGAGCCAAAGUCUUUACCGAUGGCAUCGCUACAGCUAUUGACAACAGGAUUGGUGAAACUGCGUUUGUGUCAAACACAAUGGAAAUUUGCUUGAAAAUGGAAAAGAGGAUAGAACUUAUAACAGGACUGGAUACGAUCUUUCGAAAGGAAGUGAAAACAACAGAAAAAUUCCAGGUGGUGAACUACGGUAUUGGAGGACAUUAUUCAUUUCACUAUGAUGCACUAGAUGUGAGUAUAUGUUUUGGCACACUACAUAAUUCAUGCUAG